GUCGUCUGACUAGAAAAUGAUCUUAGGGUGGCGUGGGGGAACUAGAUCCUGAGAGGCGUCGACCCUCCGACACCGACACCGACACCGAGACCCUCGAUCUCUUCUCGCUUCCUGCGUUUCUCUCUGUCUAGUUGAAUCUGGGUGAUCGUGCGGUGAAAGCAGCAGACUCGGCAAAGAAGGUUUCAAUAGAUUCCUCUGCUACUUGUGAUCGUAUCUUCUUUGUAUGAUAGCUUUUCAUAUUUGUCUUCUGGGCUUCCUGCUGGGAUGGCAUCUGUAUCUGGACAACCUCAGUUUCGUUACACUCAACCACCUUCUAAAGUGCUCCAUUUAAGAAACUUACCAUGGGAAUGCACAGAAGAGGAGUUGAUUGAGCUGGGGAAACCUUUUGGAAGGAUAGUCAACACCAAAUGUAAUGUUGGAGCAAAUCGCAAUCAAGCAUUUAUUGAAUUCGCUGAAUUAAACCAAGCUAUUGCAAUGAUUUCAUAUUAUGCUUCAUCACCAGAGCCAGCUCAGGUUCGUGGGAAGACCGUCUAUAUUCAGUAUUCCAACAGGCAAGAAAUUGUCCAUAAUAAAACUUCUGGUGAUGCUGCCAGCAAUGUUUUGUUGGUAACUAUAGUGGGUGUUGAUGCAGCGAAUGUCAGCAUUGAUGUAUUGCACCUGGUCUUUUCAGCCUUUGGUUUUGUGCACAAAAUUGCAACUUUUGAGAAGACAGCUGGUUUCCAGGCUUUAAUCCAAUUCUCCAACACUGAAACUGCAACUUCUGCAAAAAAUGCAUUGGAUGGAAGAAGUAUUCCGAGAUAUUUGCUUCCAGAACAUAUGGGGACAUGCAACCUCAAAAUUAAUUUUUCUGCUCAUACCGACUUGAAUGUUAAGUUUCAAAGUCAUCGAAGCAGGGACUACACCAAUCCUUACCUUCCUGUUGCUCCCUCUGCAAUUGAUGCCAAUGCUCAGUUUAUCGUUGGGCCUGAUGGAAAAAGACAGGAAGCAGAGAGCAAUGUUCUCCUUGCAUCUAUAGAGAACAUGCAGUAUGCAGUAACUGCUGAUGUUUUGCAUACGGUGUUCUCUGCAUUUGGGAUGGUUCUAAAAAUUGCAAUGUUUGAGAAGAAUGGUGGGUGGCAAGCAUUAAUUCAAUAUCCAGAUGUGCAGACGGCUAGUGUUGCCAAGGAAGCAUUAGAAGGUCACUGUAUCUAUGAUGGAGGAUAUUGCAAGCUUCAUCUUACAUAUUCUCGGCAUACCGAUCUCAAUGUGAAGGCAAACAAUGACAAAAGCAGGGACUACACGAACCACAGUGCUACCGUAGUUCAGACACAACCUUCCAUUCUCGGGCAGCAACCAGUCUCCCCAAUUGGGAUGACAGCCUCUCAGCUUCCCAACUACGGUUUUGCUCCUAGUUCUGAAAGAGGAAUGGGUCCUAGUUCUGUUGGGAAUUGGGAUAUGGGUGGACAAGCUUCAAUGGUGCCGCUGCCUGCACAUAUCCCUGCAAACAUGAACAUCCCUGCAAACAUGAACAUCCCUGCGAACUUGCCUGUGCCUGUGCACAAUCAAGUGUAUGCGGUACCAGGUGCUAUACAAGCUGACAUUGGUGCUACCAUGUUGCGGUUGCCAGUUCAGAACUCUCAGCCACAUAUGUCUUGGAUGGGUCCUUAUGAUCGUUGAUUAGAAUACCAUUUGAUGUUUUUUCCUCUAUACAUUACCCAAAAGGGACUUUUUUGAUGGCAUUAAUAUAUAAUUGUAGUACCUUUUCUCGUUGGUGGCAUCUCUGAUAAUGUUUUGGUACUCUCUC